UAACAUCUAAAAUGAUAAUUAAUAUUUUUGAAACUUCUAUUUUAAAGGAUAUAAUUGGUGGUUUGGUUCUAGUAUCAUUACUGAUGAUUAUUGUUGUUCCACUGGUGGAUUACAUUGAUCACUUCCAAUUGACAUGCGUUUAUUCACCAUUAGUUAUUCUCAGUGCUUCAGUUGCAAUGGCUAUACUUUAUCCUAAAUCAGAUAGACGAUCACCAGCUCGAGGUGAUACAACAAUAAUUCUUGGAACUGGAGCUGGUAUUUAUUUAGGUGCAUGGUUGAAUUUUCAACUUGGAAUUAUUCGUGGACCAGGAUUGCCACCUCCCUACCAAAUAAUUUGGCCAGAUUAUACUUUAGUAGGAUUGGCCUUAUUACGUGCUUCAAUAGGAAUUUUGUGUGUUGUUGCUUCAAGAGCGUUCUUCAAAAGUUUAUCUUAUGCUAUUGUGUGUUAUAUACUUCGACUAGAUCCAAAUGCUCUAGAAACAAAACAGAAAACUGUAGUUGAAAUGUCAUACAAAUUUAUAACAUAUACAACAAUAGGAAUAAUGAUAACUUAUAUUUCACCUAUUGUCUUUAGAUUUCUUAAUAUUGAAAGAAUUACUAUGUUCACAGAAGUAUAAUUAUUUUACUUAAUUAAUUUCAUUAAAUAAUGAUAUGUUUUUGAAAAUGGGAUCUCAAAAUUUCAGUAUUGUCAAUUAUAAAAAUUAUCAAUAAUAAUAAUAAUAAUAUAAUGAUAAUUCCUAGUAUAAUUGUUAUUUUUGAUAAAUGUUUUGUUAAAGCUAUUGUUAUGUGUAUCGUUUUAUAAUAUAAGGGACCAUAAACAACAUUGUAAAAUAUUCAUAAUAAACUAUAAAAGUAAUGAAUCUUUUGUAAAAUACCAUACAGUAGUUUUACAAAUUUUCUUCUAGAAUUUUUGUUUCCA